CGCAUUGUGGGAUCUGGGCGCUGGCUGCGAGGUGGAGGACGCGGCUAUUGAUGAUGGGGUUGCAGCCGGUGAGACCCUCGCUCCGUAUGCCGCACCAGGGGACUCCGCCCCUUAUGGUUCCCGGCACUCAGAGCCCAGUCCUGCUGGCCUCCCUGGGGGUGGGGCUGCUGACUCUGCUCGGCCUGGCUCUGGGCUCCUACCUGGUGCGGAGGUCCCGCCGGCCGCGGAUCACGCUCCUGGACCCCAAUGAGAAGUACCUGCUGCGACUGCUAGACAAGACAACCGUGAACCACAACACCAAGAGGUUCCGCUUUGCCCUGCCCACCGCCCACCACGUUCUGGGGCUGCCUGUGGGCAAACAUGUCUACCUCUCUGCCCGGAUCGAUGGCAGCCUGGUCAUCAGGCCGUACACUCCCAUCACCAGCGAUGAGGACCAAGGCUAUGUGGAUCUUGUCAUCAAGGUCUACCUGAAGGGUGUGCACCCCAGAUUUCCUGAGGGGGGAAAGAUGUCUCAGUACCUGGAUAGCCUGAAGACUGGGGACGUGGUGGAGUUUCGGGGGCCAAGUGGGUUGCUCACUUACGCUGGGAAAGGGAUGUUUAGCAUUCAGCCCAACAAAAAGUCUCCACCAGAACCGAGAGUGGCCAGGAAACUGGGAAUGAUUGCCGGCGGCACAGGAAUCACCCCAAUGCUGCAGCUGAUCCAGGCUAUCCUGAAAGACCCAGAAGAUCCAACCCAGUGCUUUCUGCUUUUUGCCAACCAGACUGAAAAGGACAUAAUCUUACGGGAGGACUUGGAGGAGCUGCAGGCCCGACAUCCCAACCACUUUAAGCUCUGGUUCACUCUGGAUCACCCCCCAGAAGGAGCCCUUCUGGACUACCACCGCCCCACCCCGGCCCCGCACUGCACCCCGCUGCCAGCAUGGACCUGGAGUGUCAUUCUCUCCUCUCCCCGUGCAGAUUGGGCCUACAGCAAGGGCUUUGUGUCUGCCGACAUGAUCCAGGAGCACCUGCCCGCCCCAGGGGACGAUAUGCUGCUGCUGCUCUGUGGGCCACCCCCGAUGGUGCAGCUGGCCUGCCACCCCAACCUGGACAAACUGGGCUACUCGCAAAAGAUGCGAUUUACCUACUGAGCAUCCCCUCACUGCCCUGGUCCCGCUGCCGCCAUUUGCCCAGAGUCGGCCCUCAAAUGCUAUAAGCCCUAGAUGCCCUUCCCAACAGUGUCAGCCUUUUUGUCUUUCUCCGGAGCUGGAAUCUGGAUGGUCCCUGCGGGAACAACAUCCUUAUAGCCGUGGAAGAGGGCCCAAGCCGAGUCACUCCCUGGAAGGCUCCCCAGUCUCCCUGUGAUGAAACAUCCAGGUCACGCUCAAGGAGCAGACUUUUCCACAGGUCAGAAAGCAGGGAGUAUAUACACUUGUUCCAAGACUGGCCGGUUCCUUGAUGGCAUCACACCCUUCUUUGUGUCUGUGGUUAAAGAGCAACCUGUUUAAUGAGUUUGAUUUAAUAUUUGGUGCUUAACCCAUAGCAGACUGUGUGUGCGGUGGGGGGGUGCCGACUUAGAAAGCUAAUCUUUUAGAGGCAACAGGAGAGGAGGAGAUGGUUUCUUCAGACCUCAGAGAAAGGAAUCUGAAAUACGUGUUCGUGUGCCUGUCUCCCUCUGGCCCUGCCAAGGCUGGAGGGAAAGGGCUCCCCAUGAUCUAAGACUGUUACUGUGGCAGAAACCUCUGGCUUAUGCAAAUAAAUGGGGCUAAGGCCCUUGUGUUCU